AUGUCUUUCAGACCUGAAGAUUAUGAGGCUGCUGUUCGCAACCUGAGAAGAUAUGAGGCUGCUGUCCAAGGCCAAGCACUGCAGACCGUCUCGCCUCACAGAAAACUCUGUCACUUGAGGCGCAGCAGACCGUUCUGGGGAUGGCUCAAUGCUGUCUUCAACAAAGUAGACUAUGAGCGUAUCAAGGCGGUGGGCCCAGACCGUGCUGCCGCAGAGUGGCUGACGAGGUGCGGUGCCAAGGUGAGGUUCCAAGGGUUCGACCUGCAACACGACUACAACGGCCUGCCCACUGGCCCUCUGGGACGAUACAAGAUCCAGGGCAUCGACGCCACAGACUCUUGCAUCAUGAACAAAGGCUUCGAUCACCUGGAUGGACUAGAGCAUGUAGAAGAGCUGAAACUCAACAAGAGUAUGUACAUAGAGGAUGCCUGCUUAGAGAGAAUAAGCACCAUAGAGAACCUACAGGCCAGCCUGUACAAGAUGGAGGUGGUCUCCUGUGGGAACGUGACUGACAAGGGUAUCAUCGCCCUGCAUAAACUCAGGAAUCUAGAACAUCUGUACCUCAGCGACCUGCCGGGAGUGGUCGAGAAGGAGAAGACCGUGGAGAGACUCCAGACGGCUCUACCUGGGCUGGACAUAGAGCUGGAUCUGGUCUGACAGACUGAGGAUGAACCCACAACCACAGGCUGUGACUUGACAGACACAGAGGGACAGUCUGGCACAGCGGGUCGUGUCAUGAUGACCAGAUGAUGCACGUUGUUUUGCAGCAACACAUUGUAAAGUGUUUUGGUCCCUUUUUACCUUCUCCCGUUUGGUUUCUAGUGAAUACGACCUUGGUCCCAGAUCUGUUGGUGCUGUCUUGCCAUGGGCCAGUACUCUAUGGCCUACGGUCAUUAGCAUGACCAUAGGAGUUGGCAAGAUGGCACAAACACAUGUGGGACACGGGACAAAUGAGAUUACUAUCGCAACAUGUUUUCAACUGGACUGUAUUGAUAUUGACUGAAACAUAAGUAUGACAGGAAUUGUUUAUUAAAUAUGACUCCAUUAAAAAGUACUUAGACUGUAAACAAGGCUGUGGAUUUCAUUGAUUCAUUAGAUAAGAAAUUAUUUAUCAUUUGUAACAUGUCCAAGAGUAGACGCCUAUAGAAGUCCUUAGCUCCGGUCUUCUGAUAGCAGUGUAUUUGAUGAAUCAUUACUAUGUUUAAAUGUCUUAGGGCUCUAUUCAAUCCAAUCCGUAAGGUAAUGUUCCCGCGGCGACUGCAUACACAGUCAACGCUGCCGAUGUCGGCUCGAUCAGAAACUACAUUUAUACUGAACAAAAAUAAACGCAAUAAUUUUAGUCACA